AUGGCGGCGUACCGGGAGAGCUGCGUGGACGCCACGGUGCUGGACUUCGUCGCAGACCUGUCCCUCGCCUCCCCGGGGCACCCCCUCCUCUGCGACUUGGCUCCCGGGCUCCACUUCGGGGACCGAGGCCUGGCGCUCCAGGAGGGACGACCCAGGGGCCUGGCGCCCUUCGAGGAAGAGGAUCCAGACGAAGAGGAAGGUGAAGCAGACGAGGGGGAGGAGGAGGAAGAGGAGCCCGGGAGGAGCGCCUCCCUGCUGGGCCGCCCGAAGAGGAAGCGGGUGAUCACCUAUGCCCAGCGCCAGGCCGCCAACAUCCGCGAGAGGAAGCGCAUGUUCAACCUCAACGAGGCUUUCGACCGGCUGCGGAGGAAGGUGCCCACUUUUGCCUACGAGAAGAGGCUGUCCCGGAUCGAGACCCUCCGCCUGGCCAUCGUCUACAUCUCCUUCAUGACGGAGCUCCUGGAGAGCUGCAAGAAGAAGGAAACCCGCUGA